GGUGGUGGGCUGAGGCAGAGCUGUGCUGCCCUGGUCCCGGUACCCGCUGCCCUGGGACGCAGAGCACCUGCUGGGGAGAGCUCUGGUGUGGAGACCCUGCCCGGCCCACACUGGCGCAGCCAGCCAUCUGCCAAGCCGGGAAGCUGCCGUGGCACGCGGACCAGGCACGGAGCAGUCACACCUCCCAACCCACCACCUUCUCCAAACCCACACAGCCAGCAGAUGGGAAGGAGAAUGGCCCUUGGUGCCCAAAGGUGAGAGGAGAACCAGAGGCCGCAGCCCUCAAGGGAAGUCCUCCGGAGCCGCCUGUGGAACCAUUCUCUUGCCGCAAGUGCUGUGCUGGAAGAAAGCGCGGUCCCCAGAGAGCAUGGCGCACAGCAGGUGCAUGCCCUGGCUGCCUGUCCUUGUGGUGUCCCUGGUGCACUCGACCAGCGCAGAGUACUCCAGCUGCGGUGAAGAUGAGUUCUACAACCAGACCACUGGGCUAUGCCAGCUCUGCCCGCCCUGUGGGCCAGGAGAGGAGCCCUACAUGUCCUGCGGCUAUGGCACCAAGGAUGAAGACUAUGGCUGUGUGCCCUGCCCUGCCGAGAAGUUCUCCAAAGGGGGCUACCAGAUCUGCAGGCGCCACAAGGACUGUGAGGGCUUCUUCCGGGCCACGGUGCUGACACCGGGGGACAUGGAGAACGACGCCGAGUGUGGGCCGUGCCUCCCCGGCUACUACAUGUUGGAAAACAGACCCAGGAACAUCUAUGGCAUGGUCUGCUACUCCUGCCUCCUGGCACCCCCCAACACCAAGGAAUGCGCAGGCGUCUCCUCGGGGGCCGCUGCCAACUCUCCCCGCACCUCUGGGGGCAGCACCCGGCCCCCCUCCCAGCAUGCCCACAAAGAGCUCUCGGGCCAAGGACACCUGGCCACCGCCCUCGUGAUCGCCAUGUCCACCAUCUUCAUCAUGGCCGUGGCCAUCGUCCUCAUCAUCGUGUUCUACGCCCUGAAACGCACACCCUCUCUCCCAGCAGCCUGCUGCAGAAGCCCCCCCGGGAAGAGCGUGGAUGCCCCCGCGAGCCAGGAUGUGGAGAAGAAGGAGGCGCCAGAUGGCGUGGUGAUCUUCUCCGAGAAAGAUGAGUUUGAGAAGCUGACGGCAACCCCAGCAAAGACCACCAAGAGCGAGAAUGAUGCCUCGUCAGAAAACGAGCAGCUGCUGAGCCGGAGUGUGGACAGCGAUGAGGAGCCGGCGCCUGACAAGCAGGGAUCCCCGGAGCUGUGUCUACUGUCGCUGGUGCACCUGGCCCGGGAGAAGCCAGCCCCCAGCAGCAAGUCGGCCGGGAUCCAAAGCCGAAGGAAGAAGAUCCUGGAUGUGUACGCCAACGUGUGCAGUGUGGUGGAGGGUCUCAGCCCCACGGAACUGCCCUUCGACUGCCUGGAGAAGACAAGCCGCAUGCUGAGCUCCACGUACAACUCUGAGAAGGCUGUGGUGAAGACCUGGCGCCACCUGGCGGAGAGCUUCGGGUUGAAGCGGGACGAGAUCGGCGGCAUGACAGACGGCAUGCAGCUCUUUGACCGCAUCAGCACAGCGGGUUACAGCAUCCCCGAGCUGCUCACCAAGCUGGUUCAGAUCGAGCGGCUGGACGCGGUGGAGUCGCUGUGUGCAGACAUUGUGGAGUGGGCGGGGGCUGUGCCGCCGGCCUCCCCACCACCAGCUGCUGCAUCCUGAGCGCGCCCCGGACAUCCUACCUCUCCACAGGAGCUGGCGUUUCAGAGCCUUUGCAGCUGAAGGCCUCUGUUGGGUCACCAUGCACCCGUACCACCAAGGUGAAGGCUGAACAGCGCUGCAGCCAGCCUCCGGGCACAGGGAUUUUAGCUACUGACCACAGAUUCGCCCCGAAGCAGCGUGGGACCAGGGAGCCAGAUCCUGUAGCGAUGGGUCUCUGACAAGCAGAAG